CUCCAUCAUUCAUUGCUUCCAUCUCCGCAUUCAUUCCGCUCUUUGCAACCGACAACCUUGUCUUUCGCUUUGUCCACUUUAGCAAACACACAGACCCUUUUAAUAUUCCAUAUUCAGUAUUCAUUAAUUUCUCCUCUUUUGUACGCCCUCUCUUCUCCCCUGUCUCUCUUCCCUUUGCUUUGCUUUGCUUUGCUUUGCUUUGCUUUGCUUUGCUUUGCUUGCUUUGCUUGCUUUGCUUUGCUUCUAUUGUUUCUUUUAUCUACCCCCUCCCCUUGUGUAUACAGAAAAAAAAAAGGAAGGAUUGUUAUAGAAGCUAUUCUUUUGUUAUUGUUGUGCCAUCUUUAUCUUUAUCUUUAUCUUUAUCUCUAUCCGUUGUUGUUCCUGUAUACUGUUGUAAUACGAACAUGUGUACAUCUCCCUCCAAAAUGUUGAAUCCCGACUCCUUCUCCGUCUCCACUCAAGGGAAACCAAAGGUACUGAUAGUCGGUGCUGGGAUCGCUGGGCUGAUGCUUGGCAUCUUGCUUGAAAGAGCAAACAUUCCAUACGACAUUUAUGAACGAUCGGCCGAAGUAAAAACCCUUGGCUCGGCUGUAUAUCUCGGUGCCAAUAUUACACCACUCUUCAAACAAAUUGGCAUCUACGACGAGUUUACAGCAAGAGGCAAAAAAUGUGAACACAUGGAUUUCUUCAACGAGAAACGCAAGCCUACUUUUGUAAUGGACUUUAAGGCCUCUACUUUCCUUGGAGGUUCAGCGGGCUACAUCAUCCCACGGAGUGCAUUAUACGAUCUACUCCUCAAACAAGUACCUCCUCAUAAGCUCCACAUGGGCAAAAAAAUCCUCUCCACCGUGCAGGGUGACCUUGGUGUUCAGAUCAGAUGUUCAGAUGGUUCAUUUGCAGACGGCGAUAUCCUCGUUGGGGCUGAUGGUGCAUAUUCAGGGGUACGGCAAAACCUAUACGAACAAUUGAAGAAGGAAGGAAAGCUACCCUCAUGUGACGAUAAAGCUUUGCCCUAUAGUUGUGUAUGUCUCGUUGGACAAUCCUCCCCAAUGGAUCCAUCGGUCGUUCCAGAAUUGACGAACCCUCUUUGCCACUACAAAAAUAUCGUCGCAACAGACAGGCGUUAUUCGUGGUCUACUUAUACAGCACCAGAUAAUGUCAUAUGUUGGAGUGUUAUUCAGUAUCUGGAUGGAGAAUCAGCAAAGCUCAAUGAUAGUUUCCGAAACACGGAAUGGGGAGCUGAAGCUGCCAUUGCAAUGUGUGAAGACGUUUGGGACUUUCCUCUUCCAGGUGGCAACGGAAACCUUACCAUGGGUGAUAUCAUCAGUAAUACCCCACAGAACCAGAUCUCAAAGGCCAUUCUGGAAGAAAAGUUGUUCGAAACAUGGUAUCAUGGCAGGACUGUAUUGAUUGGAGAUGCCUGCCACAAGGUUCAUCCCGCAGGCGGACAAGGAGCAGCAGUUGCAAUGCAAGAUGCAGUAGUGCUUGCAAAUUGGCUUAAUGUCUUGACAUCCAAAUCUGUAAAAGACGUAGAAAAGAUAUUCAAAGAGUACAAAGAAGAGUCUGCCCCCAUUGCCAAACUAGCAUUUGACCACAGCCGUAUGAUAGCCUUGAUCUCUGCCAAAGGUGUCAGGGCUAGCAUGGUUCGAUGUUGGAUCAAGAAUAUGCCAGAGCGGCAAUGGAAGUCUCUUUUGUCCAGGGUGGUAUGCUAUCGUCCACAGGUAUCCUUUUUACCUCUAAUCAAAGACACUGGCACACUCACCCCAUGCUAUCAACCAAGUCUUGAGAAAACUCUGGCUGUCCUCAGGGAUAAAGGCAGCAAGAUUAGCAUAAAUAAUGAUGAUCAUGACGGCUCUGAAACCCUAUGUACCCCUAACUAAUGACUCCUCCUCCUCCCCCCUCCCUCCUAUUCAACAAACGAUAUGCAUAUAUAGCCCAACUUAAUGAAAUGUAAUGAG